AUGCACAAUGGAGUCAUCUUACAUGCACAGGAGGUCUCAAGGGCACAGGACGUCAAGGAAAUGCAAAUGAAAAAUGACAAUCAUAUCCGCAAUAUUUUCCGACAUGGAGACCGGACCCCAUUUGAAAGCUAUCCAACAAACUUAUAUCAAGAAAGUGACUGGCCACAAGGAUACGGACAGCUUACCACGCUUGGAAUACAGCAGCAGUAUGAGCUUGGCCAAUACCUGCGGGAGAGAUGUGGCUACUUCCUGAGCAUUGACUACAAGAGAGAAGAGAUUUUUGUCCUAAGCACAGACUAUGACCGAACUAUCAUGAGUGCCCAAGCAACCCUUGCAGGUCUCUAUCCCCCCACUGGUGGCCAGAUCUGGAAUCCCCAAAUCCUUUGGCAGCCCAUCCCAGUGCACACAGUGCCACAGUCUCCAGACUAUCUACACUCUCCUAUUCCUGGCUGUCCACGAUAUGACAGAAUUCAGAAUGAAACCAUAAAAUCAAAGAUAUUUCAGGAAGUCCUACAACCCUACAUGCCACCCAUCUCUCCAACACCUUUGCUCUUCACCUCUCCUUCCCCUAGAAAUAGCCUGUGA